UUCUUUGGGGAAAGCCAUUACUUUUUAUUGUUUCGCAUCAGUUGGUACACGUAUUUCUGUAUAAAAAAUCUUAGAAUUCAAUACCUAAAAAAUUAAUUGUGUAAGAAAUGUAUUCCAUUGAUAAAAGCCAGAGCCACAGUGAGAAUACUUUUAUCUCAGUCAAAUUAACAAAAGCCGGAAAGAAAUUAUGUCGGCCAAAGUCUUUAAAUUCAAGCAAGGCGAAUUUAAGAUACUCCCGCCUGAGGCGAAAACUUCGGAAACCCAAGCGUUCCUGCCCGCGAAAAUGCAAGUCCGAAAUAGACUCUGAUUGUCGAAGAUCCCGUACCCAGCGAAAGCGAAGAAGCUCAUUGAGCAUAAAAAGUUUCCAAGCUAAGGAUUUAGUCAGGAGAAUAGGGAUGGCCACGGACCUGAAGUUUAACGCCUCCUUGGGAUCCACUGAUCCCCAGGUGCAUCCCGUGCUGAUCAUUGGCCAGCUGCGCCACCUCAAUCUGUUGAAAUUCAAUGACUUGGCCAACAAGCUCAACCAGCGGGUGACCGAGGAAACAUUCUUGAAUGCCGUCGCCAGCCUUCAUCCGGCGCCCACGGAUAAGGUUUCGCUUUACCUGGACUUGGCCACCUUGGCCGCCCUGCCGUUGAAGGCUUCCCGGCAUAAUACGGAUUCCCGGGCUCACGCUGUAACCCGGCUGGUGAAGAAUCACGUGCUGAAUGUUUCCGAAGAAAGCGUAGUCCUUGUUUGCGAACGCGAGAAUCUGUUCGCCAGCGCUUGUGCUGUUGUCCGUGCCUUUCCCCUGUACUCUCGCAAGACUGGCAAUGGACAGACAACUGGCGGCGGGGAUGGAAGCAAUGAUACCAGCAGGAAUAUCGUGAACGUUGAGUUCAUCCUGAUCAACAAAGAGGGCGGCGUGGAGACUGAACCUCUGACCCAAGACGAAAUUGAGUGCCUCAAUGUGACGGCCCAGGGCAUCCGCACGACCGCACGUAUCGUUGAUAUGCCCUGCAACGAAAUGAAUGUCGAUCAUUUUGUCCAGGCUGUCGAGGAGCUCGGCUGCGAGUUGGGCAUAAAGCCUCAAGUGAUACGCGGCGAAGAGCUGCGCGAGCGCGGCUUUGGUGGCAUUUACGGCGUGGGCAAGGCUGCGGCUGUGCCGCCGGCCCUCGUUGUGCUUUCUCACCUGCCCAAGCGUGCCCAGGAAACCAUAGCUCUUGUCGGCAAGGGCAUUGUCUAUGAUACUGGCGGCCUGAGCAUCAAGAGCAAGACUGGCAUGCCCGGAAUGAAACGCGAUUGCGGAGGAGCGGCAGCUAUACUGGGUGCCUUUUACGCAGCCGUUAAGUGUGGUUUCAAGGAAAACCUUCAUGCCGUCUUCUGUCUGGCGGAGAACUCCGUGGGUCCCAAUGCAACUAGACCCGAUGACAUCCACACCUUGUAUUCAGGUCGCACGGUGGAGAUUAACAAUACUGACGCCGAGGGCCGCCUCGUCCUGGCCGAUGGCGUUGCUUUCGCCAGUAGGGACCUUAAGGCCAAUAUAAUCCUCGACAUGGCCACGCUUACGGGCGCCCAGGGAAUCGCUACUGGAAAGUAUCAUGGAGCAAUAUUGUCCAACUCCGAGUCGUGGGAGGCAAAGUCUGUGCAGGCUGGACGCAAAUCCGGUGAUUUGUUGGCACCGAUCCCUUACUGCCCCGAGCUGCAUUUUUCGGAGUUUGCAUCGGCCAUUGCUGAUAUGAAAAACUCGGUCGCAGAUCGACAAAACGCGCAGUCCUCCUGCGCCGGCCUUUUCAUUGCCGCCCAUCUUGGAUUCGACUACCCAGGGGUUUGGGUGCACGUAGACAUGGCCACGCCCGUCCAUUGCGGUGAACGUGCCACCGGCUAUGGCGUGGCCCUGCUUCUGACGCUGUUCGGAGCUCACAGCGAGUCGAAGCUGUUGCAGAGUAUCGCACCGGCCGAGGAGGAGCCGCCUUCCAAGCGUCUGUGCCGCGAUUAGCUCGCAAUCAGCUCUGCCGCUACCAAGUGCUUUUAGGCCUAAAAAACCCUAUUUUUAUAAAAUUAAAUACAAGAAAAGUCACGAAGUCAUGAA